CAUUUCUUUUUUUCCUUUGAGACUGAGAAUGGUAUGGUCCAUAGCCAAGAUGGCUGCGCCCGGCAGCUUUCAGGACGUUGCUGACGGUUUUCAACUUGUAUCGUCCAAAAAAAGAAGAAAACGGCGGGAAAAUCGGCAUAAACAGACGACAGGGUACCUAGGACACUCACAGGAGAACGGAGAAGAUGAUAACAUAGACCUGAACAAGCUGGAAACCAAGAUACUAGCUGCCAAAGAGGAGUUGAGAUGUUCAGAGUUCUUUUCUACAGUACAAGAAAUUUUCAGACAUGUAAAAAGUGGAGACUGGGAAAAACUCUGUGUUCCUGACACACAGGGCAGCCCUAGCACCAGCUGUCAGUGUAAUGGACUAAGAAGGACCCCUAGCACCUGUCAUCAGUACUGCAGUGACUGUGGAACACUAGCAGACGAUCUGCAGACUGAAUUUGAAGCUGUUGUCUGUUAUGGGCUGGGCAGAUUCUCCUGUUGUGUGACAGCAAGAUACCAGCUGGCGUUCCUAUUGCUACUCAGAGAUGUGCUAGAUGUUCCCAGUUCCUGCCAUGUCUAUGAUCCAGUCUUUUCAUCCUGUGAAAAACUGCUGCUACAAAAACUGGGAUGUCAACUUAUCCUGGAGAACGAGGAAGGAAAGAGACAGGUAGACAGCAGAACCCUUUUCUACAUGCCCCACUGUGGGAAGCCUCUGUACAACAACCUGCUGUGGGCAAACUGGGGACAACAGCUGCAUAACGUGGUUAUACUGGGGAACAGUCUGUCCAACAUGGCACUCAGGUGUCCAAGCCAGGAGUUGGAGAAAGCUGCAUUCUACAUACACAGUAUCUUAGACCACACCAAGGAGUUCCCCCUGCCGAACAACUUUCACUUUCAGGACAUCUUCAACGACUUGUCCCUCCACGUGUUUCCCGCGUCUGACAUUCCACCAUCACUAUGGCAACAGACUACGGAACCCGUCUAUGACCUUGACUGGCAGGAAGAGAUAAUUACCAACUGUGACAAGUCAUGAUGUCUCCUACCGGAGUUUGUUUUUAGUAAAGGCCAGGGAAAUUUUCAGUAAUAUAUUAAAAACAUCUUGUCA